UCUACAAAAGAUCUAGACCCCAUGGGACCUGACUCGCAAUGGCGUGUUCCGUCUUGGUAUGGCGAGUUUUCCCCAACUUGAUAGAAACGGUAAGUGCAUUUCGUCGUCCGAGCUAAAAGCGUCAAGCUUUUGACCGCUCAAGGAGCCAGAAGUAUGGCACGAAUAAAAGCAUCCUACUCGAGGCACAUAUCCCUGUUCGUCAAAUAGCUAGGUUUGUGUGUUGAUGCGGAGCAGAGAGUGAUCAAAACCCCAUGAAUCCUACGUGGCCUUCCAGACUGACUUGAUACCUUUUGCCUUUCUCGAUGUGUAACUAAGGCGAAGACUUAUCCUCCACCCAAUCUGGGUCCCGGCCACCUUCACCAACUGCUGUGCCAAUAGGCAAAUGACCAACAGAACCGAUGGCCUAGUCGGUGCCGUGCCUCCACCGCCGGGGCGCGUGCCGAAUUUCGAGAAUCCUCAAGAUCUCGGACGAGUGCCUCAUUUAAUUGGCGUAAUCACUUGCUUCGCACUGAGCACCCUCUUCGUCGCCAUUCGUUGUUACGUGAAAGUUACCAAUACGAAUCGCCGUUGGAUGAUUGAAGACAUGACUUGCCUUGCAUCAUGGACCUUCCUAGUUGCGUAUUCUACAACCAUUCUCAAGAUGAUUAGCCACGGAGAAGAUCAUCAUGCAUGGGAGGUUACCGUGGAUAAUUACUCGCAGUUUCUGAAGUGGCUCUACAUCAGCACUCUUCUCUACAACCCGACGGUCUAUCUCACAAAGACCACGCUUCUGCUUUUAACAGCCCGCGCCUUUGCCGUUUACGAACGAGUGGCUCUCGGCCUGCGCGUCUUCAUAUUCGCGGUGCUGAUCGCCUACAUUCCGAUCCAGAUCGUCAAGACUGUUGUUUGCAGACCCAUCCGGGCGUACUGGGAUACCUCCAUUAAGAACGCCCACUGCCUCGGGCAACGGCAGGCCUUCAUAUACGAUAUCUCCGUGGCUCUAUUUACCGACGCUUUGAUUCUGAUCGUACCGAUACCCCUAACCUGGUCCCUCUCGAUGCCGCUUAUCAAGAAGGUCAAGAUAGCCGUGAUUUUGGGAGCAGGAGGAGUGGCGAUGGGCGUGUUGAUUUUCCGAGCAUACAAAUGCGUCCUGUUCCUGGAUUCGAACGACGUCACGGCAGACUUUGGAAUAUUGGAUCUGACCUGCUGCAUGGAAAUCUCGAUCGGCCUGAUCUGUGCCAGCCUCCCGUCCAUCAACAUGCUCAUGGAACGGACCUGGCCUGCGAAGGCAUCUGCGCAAGCAAAUUGCCCACGAACCCCCCUGAUGCGCAGAAUGAACUACUUAGAUACUCUGCAGGGGCAGCUCACUUCGUCAAAACCGAUAACAUUGACUAAUUGUUUAAUGUCCCAGAACCACAUGAAUAUCGAUUUGGAAUCGCGCAUGUGCGCCGGACAACAACGACAGCUUGGGGAUAACGACUCGUUGCCGCCAGGCCAACAGGAGGAUAAGAAUCCUGGGAACCAGCAAAUAGACAGGGGGCCGUGAAAAUAAUGCGUAACAAAGUAGGCCGG